GUCCAUCUUAUCAUCUUUGUUCUUCAUGUACUACAAACUAUUUUCUAUAAUUAACUCAGAAGCCAUGUAGACUUGCUUGCCCUUUGAAGACAUACUUUCAAGGCUUCUAGGAAGAUAAACUGCACUGUUGAAAGUUUUUAAAGAAUAUAAUCGUGUGUGUUGUGACAGAGAGAGAAAUGGAAGUAUUCCAGGAAGUCCGUAAACCAUCAUCACGUUUGGAGUGUGACCACUGCAGUUUUCGAGGCACAGAUUAUGAAAAUGUACAAAUCCACAUGGGUACCAUCCAUCCAGAAUUUUGUGAUGAAAUGGAUGCUGGUGGGUUAGGUAAAAUGAUUUUUUACCAGAAAAGUGCAAAGCUGUUUCACUGCCAUAAGUGCUUCUUCACCAGCAAGAUGUACUCUAAUGUGUACUAUCACAUUACAUCCAAACAUGCAGGCCCAGAGAAGUGGAAUGAGAAACCAAAAAAUCCAGUAAGCAAAGAAACAGAUCCUGGGAAAAGCCCUCCUCUUCCUGAGCACCAGAAAAUGUCCUCAAAUUCAGCAGAACUCCCAAAACCUAUACCUGCUCUUUCCAUAGAGACACAGAAACUUGGCCCGAUUUUGUCUCCAGAAUCACCAAAACCUACACCUCUCACUUCCCUAGAGCCUCAGAAGCCUGGCCCUGUUGUUUCUCCUGAGCCACAGACACCCUCUCUUCCUUCUCCUGAGCCUCCAAAAUCUGCCUCUGUUUCUUCUCCUGAACUUCCAAAAUCAGUCCCUUUCGUUUCUGAAUCUCAGAAACCAGUCCCUGUUCCUUCUCCAGAACCGCAGAAACUUGGUCCUAUAUCUCCUGAGCCAGUAAAGGCCACUCUUGUUAAUCCUAAACCUCAAAAACACUCCCAUUUCACAGAAACAUUGGGGCCACCUUCAGGCUCAUCUCCAGAGUCACCAGUUUUAGCUGCUUCUCCAGAACCUUGGGGUCCAUCCCCAACUGCAUCUCCAGAGUCUCGGAAGCCAGCCCGGACUAUCUCCCCUGAGCCAAGGAAGCCAUCCCCAUCGGAAUCUCCUGAACCUUGGAAGCCAUUCCCUGCUGUCUCUCCAGAGCCCAGGAGACCAGCCCCAGCUGUGUCACCAGGUUCUUGGAAGCCAGGGCCACCUGGGUCCCCGAGGUCUUGGAAAUCUAGUCCUUCAGCAUCAUCAGGACCUUGGAAGCCAGCUAAACCUGCUCCAUCUGUGUCUCCUGGUCCUUGGAAGCCAAUUCCUUCUAUCUCACCUGGACCAUGGAAACCAACUUCCUCUGUGUCCCCCGCAUCCUGGAAGUCUUCAUCGGUUUCACCUGGUUCCUGGAAGUCUCCCCCUGCGUCUCCUGAGGCGUGGAAGUCUGGCCCACCAGAACUCCGAAAGACAGCUCCCACCUUGUCACCUGAACAUUGGAAGACAGUUCCCUCAGUGUCCCCUGAGCUUCGUAAAGCAGGACCUCCCUUGUCUCCUGAACUUCGCAAACCAGGCCCACCAUUGUCCCCAGAGAUCCGCAGUCCAGCAGGAUCUCCAGAGCUCAGAAAACCUUCAGGGUCUCCAGAGCUUUGGAAGCUUUCUUCUGAUCAGCGAAAAACUUCUCCUGCUUCACUUGAUUUUUCCGAGUCCCAGAAGAGUUCCCGUGGUGGUUCCCCUGACCUUUGGAAGUCUUCCUUUUUUAUUGAACCUCAAAAACCUGUCUUCCCUGAGACCCGGAAACCUUCUGGACCAUCUGAGUCCCCUAAAGCAGGUUCCGAUAUCUGGAAGCCUGUUCUCUCUCUUGAUACUGAACCUAGAAAACCUGCCUUGUUUUCUGAGCCCACCAAAACAGCCCCUCCAGCUUCUCCUGAACCACGAAAACGUGCUCUUUUUCCAGAGCCCCGGAAACAUGCCCUUUUCCCUGAACUUCCCAAAUCUGCUAUCUUCUCAGAGUCUCAGAAGGCAGUUGAGCUUGGUGAUGAACUACAGACAGAUGCCAUAGAUGAUCAAAAGUGUGAUAUUUUGGUUCAAGAAGAACUACUAGCUACACCUAAAAAACUCUUAGAAGACACUUUAUUUCCUUCCUCAAAAAAGCUCAAGAAAGACAACCAAGAGAACUCAGAUGCUGAGCUUAGUAGCAGUGAGUAUAUAAAAGCAGAUUUAGAUGUGAUAGACAGCAAGGGCCAAGAAUCAAGCAGUGAUCAAGAGCAGGUAGAUGUGGAAUCUAUUGAUUUCAGUAAAGAGAACAAAAUGGAUAUGACUAAUCCAGAGCAGUCCAAAAAUGUGUUACAAUUUACUGAAGAGAAAGAGGCUUUUAUCUCUGAAGAAGAGAUUGCAAAGUAUAUGAAGCGUGGAAAAGGAAAGUAUUAUUGCAAAAUUUGUUGCUGUCGAGCUAUGAAAAAAGGUGCAGUUUUGCAUCAUUUGGUUAAUAAACAUAAUGUUCAUAGCCCUUACAAAUGUACAAUUUGUGGAAAGGCUUUUCUUUUGGAAUCUCUCCUUAAAAAUCAUGUAGCAGCCCAUGGGCAGAGUUUACUUAAAUGUCCACGUUGUAAUUUUGAAUCAAAUUUCCCAAGAGGCUUUAAAAAACAUUUAACUCACUGUCAAAGCCGGCAUAAUGAAGAAGCAAAUAAAAAGCUAAUGGAAGCUCUUGAACAGCCACUGGAGGAGCAGCAAAUUUGAUUUUUACACAUGGUGUGGAUAUAUGAUCUACAAAGUUGUUUGUUGAAACUGUAAAGCAUAGUUAAUAGCAUAGUUGGAUCAGUAGAUGUUGAUGUGUAUGGUGUAUUGUGUUUAAUUGUCUCAGUAGUGUUACAGAGAAUAAGCAUUUGGUUCUUUUUUUCAUGGUCUCUGUUUAUGUGACUAUCUUGUAAGUCAAUAAAUUCAUAACUGUAUUCCAGAUGGAUAAAAUUUCUCUAAUUCCUUUUAAAUAUAUUUGAAUAAUAUGAAAAUGUAGGUGGUCCACUUAACAAUCAAUAGCAAGUUGUACUCAAUUUGAAACAUCUAAUCAAAGUGUCUGUAUCUUUUUUUUGUGGAACUAACUCCAGACAAUGGAAAUUAUUAGUUGGAAUGUUUAAGAAUUAGGUAUGAAAAAUUUCAGAAAUUUUCUCUUAAAUGUAUUUUCAGAUCAUAAAAGUUAUUUUGAAGUUCCUAUUUGAUCAUAUGAAGUUAUUUAUAAAUCUUGAGCAGUUCUAGAUGUUUAUUAGCUUUUACGUCAUGGAAAAUUAGAGUCUCAGGGUUUGCUGAUUUUCUGCUAAAAGAGAUGUAGAGUAAGUUUUUAAAGGUUUGCAGCUUCCUCUAGGAAACUGGGAAAGAUGAGUGUGACUUCGGUCUUGUCCUUAGUUGUUUCCUUCUGAGGAGUCUUCCAUUCUACAUCGCCUUCCCCACCCCACCCCCAGUUCUGGUUCUUCUCUUCCCUGUGAGCCCACACCUAUAGAUGAUCCUUAACCGCCAAAUGUGUUAGAACUGCACUUGCUGCUCCUGCGCCUCACACGUCACCUGUGGGGUUUCAGACCUGGUGAUGAGUAGGAACUGAGAGUCUUCCAGAUUCACAGUAGAAAAUUUUUUAAGUAGACAUUUCUGUUUGAGAGUAUGUCAGUUGUAUGUUUUCCACAGUUGUUAACUGUAAAUACUUUGUGCCUGUUUGUUGAUUAUUUUUGUUCUAAACUAUUUUGUCAAAUGUGUAUCAACCAAAUUAAAAGCAAAGGCUAUCAUGUCAGCAGCA